AUGUCUUCCGCGGCUUUGCCUCUUCGCCUCAUCUCGGCUCAGUCCUCCGACGCCAUCCACCCGCCCCGGAAGCCGUUCGCCUGCUCUCUACGGGCGCCCGCUGACCUCUCUGCUGUGUCUGCUGAGCGUUUCGCCGCAGCGGAAGCCUCUGCUGCGCUGCUGGAGGUGCCUCCUUUCGACUAUAUGUGUCUCUCUUCGCCGGAGGCCGCGAGGGUCUUCGCGCGGAGCUGGCGGCGCACGCUGGCGUCUCUCCUUCCCUUGCUGGCUGCAGGCGCGGAGUCUCAGCCUGCGGCCACGCCUCUCGCCCCCGCCUCGCCCCUCGCCCCCCCUUCGAGUCCCUCUGUAGUCUUCCGCGCCUGCGCGCGCAGCCUCCCCGCGGGCUCCAUCGUUUGCGUCGGCGAAGGCACGCGGCGCGCCGCGGAGGAGGCGCUUCUGGAGGAGUUCGUCCGCAUGUGCGGCCUCCAGGCCGACCCCCGAGGCGGCGAGGCAGAGACCCGCGAGCCCGAGGCAAGCGCGCAUUGCGGGCCUGACAAGGGGCCCGCGGAGGGCGACGACGGGGCUGGACAUCCGGCGGCCGGCGAGAGGAGAGAGCCGCCGCAGGGAGUAGGCCCCACGCGAAAAUGCGAGGGGGGGCGAAACGCCCCAGCUGUGCAUGAGUCUGACGAGGAGAAGAAACGGGCCCUAGACGCGGUGCGGGCCUUCUUUUCUUCCUUCUCGCCUUCCACUGCCACCGCGGCGAGCCUCGCGGCAGAACUGCCUCCGCGGCCGCCGCUGUUUUCUCUGCUCUCGGAAGACUCGAGGGCAUGCUCAGGCGCGCCCUCCCCGGCCUCCGGCAGCGAAACGCUCGCGGGCGCUGAUUUGCAGCGCGCGGCCUCGCGCGGGUGUUUGGGCCACUUAACUCCCGGAUGUGCGUACACUCCGCAUCAGCGUCUCCGCAUCGCAGGCGGCCCGCUGACGUUCUGUCCCUGCCGGCUGCAGACGCGCGUCUUGUGGCCUACCUCGGCGUUGGCCGCGGAAGGGCUCUCCAGGAGCUUGGAGCGAAGGAAGCUGGAGGAGCUUGAGGCGGGUUUGUCUGAAAAAAACGUCUCUCUGUCGUGCCCAGAGUCAGGCGGCGCCGACGCCGAGGGCAGCUGCCGAGGGAGUGUAGACCUCCCUCCAGAGCUGGCGGGGGGCGCCACGCUCGCCUCGGCCUCAGACAACCAGGGCUCCCUCUCGUCGUUGCGUGAGGCCGCGCAGCGAGAGCAAACCGAUGCGCAAGUCGCGAAGGCGACGCGCAGAGAGGGCGACGCUUGCGAAGCUGGGGAGGCCGCGGAGGCGAGCGCACAGCAAGCUGAAGUCCUCUGGCCUUCACUGCCGCUCUUCCAGGUGAAUCGGCUGAACGUGUAUACCACGGUGCAGCGGAUGCUUUCCCUGGGAGACCGCGAGGCGCUUCUUGACGCUCUCAAGGUGACCGUCGGGGAGGAAGUCGCCGAGUCGAGGGCCAGCGGAGACACUCCGGCGGGCGCGACGCGCUGCGCAGCGGCCACCUGUGAGGACGCCGAGGCGGAGGAGAACGGGGAGGCAGAGGAGGCGGAGACGGAGAGAGUGACAAGCCCCGAAUCUGUUGCAACUAGCGAGACGUACGGGGAGCAGCGUGAGGCGUGGGCGUCUAGCGCGGCGGACAGCGCCGCAGCCGAGGCGCCGCAGGGCCGAGCGGGCGCAGCAGGGAGGGAGGCGCAGAGAAAAAGGCGAGAAGAGGAAUUGGAGAGGGACAGAGCGUGUGGUGGCGAAACGCACCUCGCAUGCAUCAUGUUUGGAAGCCCCUCCGCGGUGUGGAGCUGGGUCGCCAACGGCCUCCCUCUCUCUCACGCGAGUCUCAGCGCGCCAGUGAUUCCGUCGUAUACGGCGAUUCAUGCGGGGGCGAAGCAGUUGACGCUAGACUCUCUGCAGGCCGAGCCAGGCGCGCGUGCCUUCUCGGCCUCUGAGGAGGCGUCGACGGAGCCGGGAGGUUCGCAGAGUGCGAGAAGAGGAGAUAAGCGUGUGGCCUCCACGGAGGCAGACUUCUUGAAGCUACUGGAGGCGUGCAAAAACAGUCUCCUAGAGGGGCGCGAGGUUGCGCAAAGGAGACAGGGAGAAGCUCAAAGGCUCAUCGCCGUCGCCAUCGGCCCGACGACUGCCGCGGCCGCCCGGCAGGCAGGGUUUGCAAAGGUUGUCUCCGCCUCUCGCCCUGGCGUGUCAGGGUGGGCGGGAGCCCUCCUUCAAGCCGUCAGCGACCACCGGCGACUGAAGGAAGUUCGCGGGCCAUGGGGCGCCGCGUGCGAGGGACGCGAGGGCGAGGCGAAAGCCGAAAAGACAGCAAACGAAUACCGCGCAGGACGGCGAAGCGACGACAGUGCUGACGGCGGCGUCGCGAGCUUCGCUGGAAACGUCCGCGUGCUUGUCGUGUUGACUAGAGAAGAAGGCAAAAACAUGGAGUUGGUGAGUGCACUGGAGGCAACUGAGGGCGUCACGCUGGAGUUUGCCAGUCUCUCCAGCGCUUCCGUCGAAGCCUCAGACCGAAGGCCCCCGACCGAGGACCGUCCUCGCAAUCUGUCUUUGUCGGGGGCCUUCUCUCCGAAUCCGGCACCUCUGGGCCCCGGCGCGCGUCGAGGCGGCGCCGGUCCCGGUCAGGAGUCUGUCUUGGAAGAGCAGCAGCCGCGCCUGCAGAGCGAGGACAGAGAGACCCUGGGAGGUGAGAAGAAGGGGGCGGACGGAGGAAAGGAGAACGUUGAAGGCGGAAGUGAUAAAAAGACGGUCGCUUUGAAGGUUCUCGAAGUUCCUCUCCUUCGAACUGAGUCCACACGCGGCAUCUUCAAACGAGCUCAGUCCGUCCUCGAGGCCUACGUGGCCGCGAAUGCGUUUUCGCAGGUCGUCUCAGCGAAACCUGCAUAA